AUGAGUCGCUACUUUUCGACUACUGCUCAAGCUUUUCUCAAGUUUAUUUGGAAGGGAACGGAGCCAGUCACCAAGUACGAGGACUUGAUCAAAUCCAAGCUAUCGGACAAUUCAAAAUUAGCACUGGCCGACACCGUUGAAAUAGCCGGUCAACCGCAUGUCUCAUCUAAAGACCCCAAACUCCGCGUGUCUGGUCAGGUCUAUAAGGGUAAUGUGCGAUUGACCUCUGUCCACGCUUACGAUGAUGGGACGGUAGAGUAUUCCAAACAGAGUUACAAUGAAGCUCAGAAGAAAGACUGA